AUGACCAUCGGGCCGUCUACGAGUCCACUCUCCGGUGUUGCCACCUACACCAUCACAUCCAUAGUCAUUGCCGCCUCAGCUCCUGCAGUAUCAGCUGCUCGUACGACCACGUCGCCGAUUGGUGCUAUUGUAGGCGGGAUUGCGGGAGGAUUUGCGUUGCUGUUAUUGAUGCUGGCAUUCUUUCUGUGGUAUCGAGGAUACCAACACGAAACGCUAGAAGACGUAGGCCCAGAGACACACGACAUGCGAGGACACCCAUUUCAAGUACUUCAGUCAUCGUCCCCAGCAGCUACUCCAAGACCAGGUGUACUCUCGGCUACACCGUCGACCCGAUUGGCAAGUACCCACGAGGCCCCUGUUGACAACAACGCCUACGCUUCGGAACACUCCAGAGCACCCGAGCCCCAGACUUUAGCAAUGACUUCAAGAACCUACACUGUGGACGAUGCAGACGGCCAAAUAAAGUAUUCCGAUGGUUGGACAAAGGAGGGUUCAGGCCAAGAAUUCAACACUACAACCACAUGGACGGCAACACGAGGUGCAUUCUUCACCUUCACAUUUCUUGGAACAUCUGUGAAGGUGUUUGGCACAUCAACUGGAAUCGACCCACAAAACCCUCAUAUGAUCACCAACAUCACUUACGAGGUGGAUGAUGGUAGCCCUGCUCCCUUCUCUGGACCUAAUCAUACUAAGACCCUCUAUCACCAAUUAUUCUACGCCAGCCCUCCCCUUCAAUUUGCAGUGCAUACCCUAGUCAGCACCUGCAUCGACUGUAGUCUAGUGUUUCUAGACUACUUAGAAAUCGAGAUACCACUCAGCUUGCCUAUCUCAGCUACUGUCACUGGCUCGCAAACGACCCUCUCGGCAACUGCAAUCACCACCGACCGGAUAUCCCAUUCACAGACACCUCUGCCAACGAUCGCAAUGAUUGGUGGUGUCCUUGGAACGUUGGUGUUUAUAUUGGCCUCCAUUUUCAUCUAUAUUUGCUACCGCCAAUUUCGACGCAGCGCAGCACCAACAAUUUGUGCCCAUUCUGAUGUACAAACCCACAAUUUGAGUACAUCCAUUACAACCAAUCAGGACAUUCUGGUUGAUGUUGAACGCCACAAGCCACUUCAACAAUAG